GACUUUACGACGAGGGGAGAGGAGAGACUAAGCCCUUGUAAAAAUGGGUAGGGAGCGGAGAAGGAAGGCAGGCAGGCCCUGCUUACGAGACAUACUGUUCCAGUACAUAAUCUUGGUUCCUCAGGUGCUUUCCUCUUUCUGCUGAUGUUGUACUUUAGAAACUGAAGGGGCUUCCUGGGACAGUGAAGGCUGUCUAAACAUUUCUAUGUUUACAUUCCUCACAUGGUUCAUAGGCUGGAGAACCAAAGAUAAUGUACCCUCCUUUUAUUUCCACCUUCUUAAAACAAAAUUUUGAAAUGUCAAAAUGCCUGCAUUUGUGUCCAGCUCUAACUAUGUUAGAAGCAUUAAUUUUGCAGAUCUCAUUUCUCCUUCGGAGUCAUUUUAAAAUAGCUGCUUGGUGUGACUCAGUAAAUAUUCAGACCAAAGGAGGAUCUGUUUAUAUUUCUUGUUUCUGUAUCCAUCUUUUUUCUUCUCCUUGGCUAACAACUCAAUUUCAUUAUCCUUUCUUACCCAUUGUCAGUUUCUUCCAUAUAAUUCUGCCAACUUUGUGUACCCACUAAGUUAUGAUUAAACUGGUUUUUGAUCGGGUCCCUCUGUCUGGAAUUUUUCCUUAAGGUGUUUUUUUUUGUUCUCCUAUAAAUCUUGGGGUCAGCUAAUACUUCCAUCUUGUGUAUGCAUGGUGCAGCUUUGGCCACACUUUUAUGUACUUGGGAGAAUUGGAUUCAGUAUUAGAAGGAAAUGAUUGACAUUUCAGGGAUGGAUUCUUCCCUCUUCCCUCUACACUAUGUGUAUUGUUUUGGGUAAAGUAGCAAUUCCUGAUUUGUGUUGAUGAAGGUAACAGCAGAACCAGGAAUAGUUUUGGAUAAUUAACAUUGAGUACAAGGUGGUGAUCAGGUUAUAAGUCAUGGCACAAGCAGAGAAGAAAGGUGGAUUGCUUCGAAAAUCUUCAGCUAGUAAGAAACCCUUGAAAGAGAAGGUUGUGCUGAUGUAUGAUGAGAUCUUCAUGACAGAAGAUCCCAGUAAAUGCAACCCUCGAUUUUGGGAGGAGCUCUUCCUGAUGAAGGUGAACUUAGAGUAUCUGGAAGGAAAGCUGGAGUCUCUAGAUGGUGAAGAGUUAGUGAAGAUAAAAGAUAAUAUUAACUGCUUGUUCCAGCACUGCAUCCGAGCCCUGGGAGAAGAGCAUCCCAUCAGAGUGGUCAAUGCAUUACAGACACUGUGUGCACUGAUCCGUGGAGUUCAUCAGAAGAACAAAUCAACAUCUGGCUUUGACAUCAUCAACAUGCUGAUGGGCUUUGACAAGGCUGAGCUAUGCAUGAAAAAUCUGAUGGAGAGCUUGGACACUCUACUUUGUGCAGAAGGUUCUGAAAGCCUCAAGAGUUUAUGCCUGAAGCUUCUGCUCUGCUUGGUCACUGUGACAGAUAACAUCAGUCAAAACACCAUCCUGGAGUAUGUGAUGAUUAAUAGUAUCUUUGAAGCUAUCUUACAGAUUCUUUCCAGUCUUUCCAGUCGCCGGGAACAUGGUUAUGAUGCUGUUGUCCUGCUUGCCUUGUUAGUAAACUAUAGAAAAUAUGAGUCUGUGAAUCCUUACAUAGUGAAGCUGUCAAUCAUAGAUGAUGAGGCCACACUAAAUGGAAUGGGUCUUGUUGUUGCUCAGGCAUUAUCAGAGUACAAUCGGCAGUACAAAGACAAGGAAGAAGAACACCAGAGUGGGUUUUUUUCAGCCUUGACCAACAUGGUGGGCAGCAUGUUCAUAGCUGAUGCUGAUGCAAAAAUCUCAGUUCAAACCAAUGAGGCUAUUCUUUUGGCCCUUUAUGAAGCUGUUCAUUUGAACCGAAACUUCAUCACUGUAUUGGCACAGAGUCAUCCUGAAAUUGGUUUGGUGACCAUGCCAGUAAGCCCAGUUCCAACAACUCCAGUCACUCCACUUGGGACCACACCACCUUCUUCUGAUGUGAUAAACACUGUGGAGCUGCCUUUGGAUGCUGAUGUGCAGACCAGCAAUCUUCUGAUAACAUUUUUAAAGUACAGCUCAAUCAUCAUGCAAGACACCAAAGAUGAACACCGACUCCACAGUGGCAAGCUCUGUCUGAUUAUUCUGACCUGCAUAGCAGAGGAUCAGUAUGCAAAUGCUUUCCUGCAUGAUGACAACAUGAAUUUUCGGGUAAACCUUCACAGAAUGCCUAUGAGACACAGGAAAAAAGCUGCUGACAAGAACCUUCCCUGUCGACCUCUGGUUUGCGCAGUGCUAGAUCUGAUGGUGGAAUUCAUCAUAACACACAUGAUGAAAGAGUUUCCCAUGGAUCUUUAUGUACGCUGCAUUCAAAUAGUACACAAACUGCUUUGCUACCAGAAGAAAUGCCGAGUGAGGCUUCAUUACACUUGGAGGGAGCUCUGGUCAGCUCUGAUUAAUCUGUUGAAGUUCCUCAUGUCCAACGAAACUGUUUUGCUGGCAAAACAUAACAUCUUUACCUUGGCUCUCAUGGUGGUCAACCUGUUUAAUAUGUUCAUCACUUAUGGAGAUACCUUCCUUCCAACUCCUAGCAGCUAUGAUGAGCUAUACUAUGAAAUCAUCAGGAUGAACCAGAGUUUUGAUAACCUUUAUUCUAUGGUUUUGAGGUUGUCUACUAAUGCUGGACAGUGGAAGGAGCCAGCCAGCAAAGUCACCCAUGCAUUGGUCAACAUACGAGCCAUCAUCAAUCACUUCAAUCCAAAGAUAGAGUCCUAUGCUGCUGUGAAUCACAUCUCGCAGCUCUCAGAAGAACAGGUUUUAGAAGUGGUACGCUCCAACUACGACACUCUUACCCUAAAGUUGCAGGAUGGACUAGACCAGUAUGAACGUUAUUCAGAGCAACACAAAGAAGCUGCUUUCUUUAAAGAAUUGGUUCGGUCUAUAAGCAUCAAUGUGCGACGGAAUCUGGCCUUCAAUACCCUAAGCCAGGAGGCCCUGCUGAAAGAGUUUUCAACCAUCUCCUGAAGCUGACUGAUCUUUCUGCUUCCUGUCCAGCCCUGGUGUUAUUACACCCCCAUCCCCAGCACUGACUGUAGCUCCUGGUUGUGGAGUGGUCUAACCCUAGUGUGUGUGUGUGUCUUUUUUCCAGGGAAGAUCAAGAAGAGAUUUGGACUUGUCCCACAUUUUUGGGCACAGAGAACUGAUGAUAUGGACUAUACUGGGGAAUGGAAGUGGGCAAGAGGGAUCUGUACUUAUUGCUCUUUCUCACUUUCUCUGUGGCACAGGAAUAAGAAUUAUUCCCCUGAUGAGAAAAAUUAGAGCAAAAAAAAAAAAGUUGAUCAGAAAGCACAUACUUUUAAUUCAGUGGAAGCUAUCUGGUGCUGGUCAGAGGCCUAACGAGAGAAAGUGGACAGGAGUAAAGCCCUUCAUAUGGAAAGACUGACUGUGCUCCUGUCCUGUGUACACUUGUGCUAUAAACCCCAAGUCAUCACUCUCACUUCGGUACUUUGAAUCGGCUCUCCUUGUAUUGUUAGCUCCAUCUCACACUGGUAUUGAAAUUAAUUUCUGAGGGCUAUACACUUCCUUCUGUGUUAGUGCCUCCUUUUCUGAAUGGUGCUUUCCGGAGUUUCUUGAGAGUUUUCCCAGUCCCAUCCUAAAAUACUUGGUCUCUGGCAUUCCUUAAGCAAGAGGUUAUCAUUAUGCUGUUGCUUCAGCCUUAUUUUAAGGCUCUGGGGCUGAGAAGAUUAACCUGAGUCAGGUUUAUUGUUUUCCACAGGAGCAAUAAGUGAGUGUCCUGUGCUUUUACUGCUCAUGCAAUUGCUUUGUACCAGAGUGAGUAAUUUUCUCCUGAUCCCAGAAGGUUGCCUGAUCUUCUGCAAUACUGUCCACUGACCUGAUACUCUUGGAUCUCUCUAGUGCUGAAAAAUGCUCACAUUCACAUUAUCAACAUCCUGUCCCUCGAACACAUACAGUCCUAAACCAAAUUUCACAUUGCUUGAGGAAGGAACUGCUUUUCUCUACUUGCUUCCCUGAACUCCAACUAAAUGCUUUAUUGAGAGGAUAGAAUUAGGGGAUUAAUUUUGCACAGCACUUUCAGCUGUAGACACUGGUGUGGUCAAUACCCUGUCAAAUUUCUAUCACUCUUAGUGUAGAAUUCAUUUUUUUCUAACUCUUUUAAAGCAAAAAUACAAGGUAAGUCACUUAAUUGCUUUCCAUUAUGCAUAUAAGGACAUUUUAAUGUACAACUGUGCUGUUUUGGAAAACUCAAGAUUUGGCUGUGCCUUUUGCACUGUACAGAGGGGAGAUAUCAGACUACAGACAUGCUCUUAAUCCUUACUAAAAGGGUUGUUAAAAUUUGGCACUGUAUCCCUUGGGGUUGGGAGAGAAGGUGUGUCCUACCUGCAUAUUCUCUUCUUGUUGCAGAACUACUUUCACUGGAUGCAAACAGGUCUGAGUGAGGAGGAGCACCUUACUGGCAUCUUUCCUCUCAUGGGCUGAUUUAGCAGAUUAACAUGGAAACAGACUUUGUUUCAGCGAGGCUUACCAUUUUGUGACAUUUCUUUGUUCCUUUUGGGACAGACAUGAGAAACCCCCCUCUCUGUCUUGUCUCAUACACUGAUGAAAUUCAGCUUUAUCUAACAGUGAAUGUUGAGGCCAGAAGUUCAAAGAAGUCUUUUUUCCAGAAUAAAUACUGUAAAUGCCUUCUGCUAAUAGAGCACCUAUAGGGGAUGUAUAUAAACCUCUGGUAGCAUUCAGUAAAAAAGUGGAGGGGUGCACCUCUGAUUGCCCUUUUGGUUGCAGUGUAUCCUUUCAUGGUCUGUUUUGGAGAAGUAAUAAAUUAUUAUUACUGUUAACAUCUCUUUGGUGCUGACACUGUACUAGUUGCUGUACACAGUUCAUAAGUGACAUAGUCCUUCCCUCGGGGGGUUACUGUCUAAAUCAAGCCUAUAGGAUGAGAUGUGUGAGGUGAGGAGAAAUUGGACUAAAAAUGUGGGAGUCACAAGCUUAACACUUAGAAUUGUUUUUUGUACAAUGGAAGAAUUAAGAACACUAACAUGUUCAGUGUCAAACUUCAUAGGUGCCUUCUUACUUCCACUCUCUUCCAGGGGGCUAGAGGAAAGUCAUUUCAUUUGGGAUUGUGCCCAUUCUUACUUGAACAGCAUAGUCAAUCUCUUGACUUUCCCAGAGGGAAGAGUUCAUAGCUUCCAUCCAAGUCCUAUCCUUUGGGCUGACAGUAGGCUCUCCAUAAGAUUUCACUAGAGUCAGCAAACUUUUACUUUAUUAUUAUUAUUUCUAACCUUUUCCCUUUCCUACUUGGCACUUACAGUGCAUCCUGUAGCUUAUUCUGAACUUUCAGUGUAAACAUUUUUUUGUGUUAGAAUGGCUAAAAGUGAUUGAUGCUUAUCUAUAUGGCUUUGGGUUUAUCUUGCUCAUUUGGUAGUAUUUUGCGUUAUAAUGUAAUUUUCCAACUGAGAUUCUGUGAGCAGUUGUGUGAGUAUUUUCUUUGCUUACAUAUUCCUUGGUAACACAUGCUUCUGACAAGGUUGUUACAGAAAGAUGCUACCUCUCCUAUAGUCACAUCUGGUUUUUACAUGUCAGGCAAUUCAAGGUGGCUUUCAGAUGCCUCUCUUUCUGUUGCUGUUGCACACUCCACUUUUUCAUAAUAACACUCAUUCCUUCACCUACUGUUGUACUAUGGAAGUGCCUUGGACCCAAGUCUAUAGUCAAACAUAAAACUUUGGGGUUGAGUACUUUUUUUUUACUGUUUUUCAUCCUAUUUGAACAUGAACCACAGCUGUUCUUCAAACAGACAUUUUCCCCAGGAAGAAAAGCGGGGUGGUGAAUUACAUUGCGGCUGACAGAGCCUACUGAAAAGGAUCCUAUUAACAUGUAUCAGAGAUAUGCUAACAUAUCUAACAUUGGUAGUUCUGGUGGCCUAGUAGGAACUCCCCUGUUCUGAACUACAAGUCUAGUCCUGAUUGAGACAGUUGUAGCUUUUCAUCUCUGUACAGUUCCUUUGUACAUAUGUUUCUCUACUUCUUUCCAUUUGAGCCUGGGUUAGACCCUAGAGACAAGACAUGUUUAGUACUAAUGAGAAAAACAAUGAUGGGGCUUGUGGUUCAUCAUUUCCUUAUAUCUGUGUGGAACACAUGAAUGAAUUUAUUUUAUAAUGGUUAAUUUAUAGUUCCCUUCAUUGUCAGUUUAGCUGCCUCUGUGAUUCUGGAAUUGCCAGGUCUUAAAUAGAAGAGGAGACAAGUACGUUAACAUACAAUGACCUAAUCCUGUCAGGGAGAGAUUGGUUGGAGAGGAGCAAAAGAGGCUAGAGUUAUUAAAACUUGGUGUUUUUCCCUGUUUGAAAAUGUGCAGGCUUUUCUUCUGUGGUCUGAAGGGUUCCAUUUUUCAAAAUCUCUUUAAGAAUAGAAUAAUGGAAAGAUCCAGAUGUUUCCACCCCAGCAUCCUACACAGAGGCAAAAUUCUGGCAUCAAAGUACCUUUUAAGAAGAUUUAAGGGACUUAAAAAUUCAUUCAUGCAUGAAAAAGUGUGUGCUUUUAAUUUUUUUAAUUUGUAAUUCUGACAGCCAGACUCUUACAAAGCUUGUUUUAAUCUGCAGUCUUGUGAAUGUAUUGACCAAAACAUACUGAAACACCAGCACCACGCAGAGAGAGAAAAAUUGCCUCCCCGCCUCCGCCUGCUGCUGCGCCUUGCAGGCCUCUGUUGCAGUGGCCAUUUUUCUUUUGGGUAUGGCUCUGGGAACCGAGCCCUGGGGGAAAUCUCAAUUUGCCAAACAGACAUGAAAACACUGACUCUGAGUUAAAUGUUGGAUUAAAAUAUGACAUCUGAAACUUUGCAACCUUCCUCAUACUUACUGGCUUUUCAUCAGCACUGUCCCUUGUAGUGUCCUUAUUUGCUCAAUAGAACCUAACUGGCAAAAAUUAGAAAUGGGAGUUGUGUUUCUGGAGGUUGUAAAGAGAGGACUCCUUGAUCUCAAAAUAAAUAUUUUAAACUGCA